AUGAGCACGCCUAAAGAAUGGAAGCGACUCUCAUUCCAAGAAGCCUUGGAGCUGGCCAGACUUCCCGAUGAUACAUCAUCAACACAACAAGCUAUUCAGAGGUUCAUGAGUCGGCAGCCAGCUUGGACACCCGGACAAGAACUCCCCUGGGAUGCUGUUGGUAUUCCUCCGCCAAAGAUCACAAGGGGAGCUUAUGGCGCUGUCGUAUAUGCCCUAUCAGCUCUUGCAGCGACACGUGUAGUUGAAGAAGAAGACCAUGGCAAUUCAGACGAGAACAGUCGAGGGAUCCAUUCCAUCCACGCCGUGUUCACUAAUCCCGGACUCUCGGAUCGUCCUUUCAUCCUAGAUGUAUCCGAAGUCCAUUCAAGCCGUUCCUUUUCUACGCGGCUAGUUCACGCUCGUCAGCCAACACAACCAUCAAGUAACCUAUCGGGCCCGUUUCCCGACUCGGACUCCGAAGCACCUCUCGGUAGCCCUUGUCUAACCAGUAUCGUCACCUUCAAACGCCCAGUUUCCAGCUCCGAUGAAGUCCAGGGGAUUCCGCCACAGGAGAGAUUCAAGGACAUACUCUCAUCACGCAAACCUGAUCAAUGGAACCCAUGCCCACAAGCCGAUGUCGAUGCUCUAAAAGCAAAGUUCCCAAAUGAAGGUCAUGGAGCAUUUCCUAUUCUCGACAUGUACAAAGUUGACAUGUCGGACUUCAACAAAGACAAGGCUAUACCAGACCGGAGAGAACUCAUUUACUACCGAUUGCUGAAACCCCUUCCGAAAGAAGGCGCGAACGCACACGUCUUGUGUCAUGCAUUCGAGGCAGACCGCAACAGUCUUUUUAUGCUAGGCAACCAUCUAGGCUACGGCCACGACCUGGGCAUUGCGGCAAGCCUUAGUUAUUCGUUCUACGUUCAUGUCAAUGCUGAUGAGGCUGUGAUGGAAGGAGACGGAUGGUGGAUUCAAGAAGUCUCUUGGCCAAGAUUCAGUGCUGGUCGAGGCGCAAUGGAAAGCCUGAUAUGGAGUCCUCAAGGCAAGCAUGUCGCGACUGGCUACCAAGAUGGCAUUAUACUGCCUAUGACAGCCAAGCCUAGUAGAGAGACAAAGUUGUAG